GUAGCGUAGCUAAGUCUAGCCAGUGUGUGUGUGUGAGUGUGUGUGUGUGUUCAGGUGUGAAAAUGUUACCUUUAUCAAUUAAAGACGACGAAUACAAACCUGCUAAGUUUAACCUGCUGGUGAAGCUCUCAGGAUGGUUCAGGUCGAUCCUCGCGGAUAAAACCUCCAGGAAUCUGUUUUUCUUCCUCUGUCUGAACCUUUCCUUCGCCUUCGUGGAGUUAACGUACGGAAUCUGGAGUAACAGUCUAGGUCUGAUCUCAGACUCCUUCCACAUGUUCUUUGACUGCACCGCUCUGCUGGCAGGUCUGGCAGCCUCCGUCAUCUCCAGGUGGAGAUCCAACGACAGCUUCUCUUACGGUUAUGUCAGAGCAGAGGUUCUGGCUGGCUUUGUCAAUGGACUCUUCCUCAUCUUCACAGCCUUCUUCAUUUUCUCUGAAGGGGUCGAGAGAGCUCUGGAGCCUCCUGACGUUCACCACGAGCGGCUGCUUCCUGUCUCUGUGGCCGGUCUGAUCGUCAACCUGGUCGGGAUCUUUGUUUUCCAGCACGGGGGCCACGGACACUCACAUGGAGAGGGAGGUCACGGUCACAGCCACUCUCUGUUCAAUGGCAGUUUAAAUCAUGGCCAUAGUCAUGGCAGUAACGACCAUCAGAGCAAACGUGCAGACCAACACAGUCAUGGUGGACACGGACACGGACACGGACACGGACACGGUCAUGGUGGACACGGACACAGUCACGGCGGCCAUGACGAGUCACACUGUCACGAUGAGCUGCUGCACACUCCGGGGAAAGGUUCCAGUAAACAGAUCCUACAGGGCGUCCUGCUGCACAUCAUGGCUGACACUCUGGGCAGCGUCGGCGUGAUCAUCUCCGCUCUGCUGAUGCAGAAGUACGACCUGAUGAUCGCCGAUCCUAUCUGCUCCAUGCUGAUCGCCCUCCUCAUCGGAGUCAGCGUGGUACCGUUACUGAGAGAGUCCAUUGGGAUCCUGAUGCAGAGAACUCCUCCAUCACUGGACCACGCCCUGCCCGAGUGUUAUCAGAGGGUGCAGCAGUUGCAGGGAGUUUACAACCUGCAGGAGCCCCACUUCUGGACUCUGUGUACUGACGUUUACAUCGGAACAUUAAAGCUGCUGGUCGCCCCUGAUGCUGACACCCGCUGGAUCCUCAGCCAGACACACCACAUCUUCACACAGGCUGGAGUUCGACAGCUGUACGUUCAGAUCGAAACGGCCGCCAUGUAGAGUCUCCUCCUCCUCCGAUCACCUGGGACCAAUCACCUUCAGUUGCUGCUGCAGGUGACCUGUGAACCCUGAGCCACUGAAGGUCAGACUGGGGGGGUGGACUUGACUGUGACUCCCAUGAUGCUCCAGCCCAGUACAUCCUGGAUGAGCUCAAACUGCCCCCUCCCCCCACACCCUUUUUUUUUAUUAUUAAACUUGUCUGUCAUUAGACUGGAGCAAAGCAUUAUGGGUAAGUGCCUUCAUCAUGAAUUAGAGACAAUCUGAACCCACUUCCUGUCUGGAUGCACCCCCAAUGUGGGGGCACUUUGUUUUUAAUGUGCCAAACCAUGUGACCAAACCAUGUGACCAGUCAGUGGGUUUCAGUCUUUUUUCAACUGUAAUAAAUAAUUCUGUUUCUCUGA